AUGGCAAAUCUUAAAGAAUUGUAUGAGAAGACCGCUGAACUAAAAGCAUUUUACACAGGAGGACAUAUUCAAUGGACAAAUGACGGUGAACAUUUUCUCUGCCAAUGUGAUGAUGUUAUUAAAGUAAUUGACGUUAACACACUCAGUAAUCCGUUGACUAUUGGAGAUGCUGCUGAAGAUAAAGAUGAUAGUGACGUCAUAUAUACCUUUCAAAUGUCGAAGGAUAAUGAGACUGUAGUUACUGCACAUAAAAGCGGAUUAAUUAAACUAUGGGAUAGACGAGACGGGAGCCAGCUGAAAAUGUGGAGGUCUGGACAUAAAGGUGCCAUAGCAAAGUUAGCUUUUGAUGCAAACGGAACAAAUGUUGCUUCGGGCAGCACAGAUGGAAAUAUAAAAUUAUGGGACAUCACUCACAAUACUUGUACGAGCAGCCUUAGAGGAGCUCUGGGAGUGUUUUCACUUGUCAAAUAUCAUUCGGAUGAUUCAAAACAACUAAUAUUUGGUGCUGCAGAUGACACUAAGAUAAGAUCCUGGAAUUCUAAAAAUGGUAAAGAGACUGUUGUAUAUUCAGGACAUUUUAGUAAAGUUACGAGCUUAGAAUUUACAGUGGACGGUGAACAUAUGGUGAGUUCAGGUAGAGACAGAGUUCUUAUAUUGUGGAAACUCGGUGAAGGCAAAGCUCUCAAAGUUCUACCAGUGUAUGAAUGUAUAGAAACACUCGCACUUCUGCCACCGAGUUUCAAAAUUCCCAAUUUUACUAAAAAAGUCGGUACAGAAGGUAUAUAUGUUGCUUGUGCUGGUGAGAAAGGUAUUGUUAAGGUGUGGAAUGUACAAAUGAGUCGUCUUAUGUUUGAACAGACAAACAGUCUUGUAUCACCGGCCAAUGAAGAUGGGGGCUUAGCGGUCACACAUUUAUUAUUCAAUGAAGCAAGGAAUAUGUUUUCCGUUGUCACCGCUGACCAUAAUAUUAUUAUACAUGACUUAGAGUCUUUCAGCUGUAUUAAACAAUUAAUUGGUUUCACAGAUGAAGUACUGGAUAUAAUUUUUGUUGGUAAAGAUGAGUCACAUAUAGUUGUUGCUACAAACAGUAAAGAUUUAAAGUAUUAUGAGCUUGGAAGUAUGGACUGUAAAUUAUUAAAAGGGCAUACAGAUAUUGUUCUUGCGUUGUCUUGUUUUCCUACUAGGCCGGACUUGUUUGUAUCUUCUGGUAAAGACAAUACUGUUAGAGUUUGGUCACAAAUUGAUUACAAUGAAGUCAAGUGUAUUGGUGUUGGUACAAGACAUACUGCAUCAGUGGGUUCCGUUUUCACUUCUCAAACAUCAGCGAAUUUCUUUACCUCUGUGAGCCAGGAUAGCUGUUUAAAAGUUUGGACUAUGCCUAAAGAGCUUGACUCUGGAGAAACAAAACUUAAUUCAAGUCAUACAGAAUUAGCCCAUAAUAUGGAUAUUAAUUGUGUCUCCGUAUCUCCAAACGAUAAAAUUAUAGCAACCGGUUCACAAGAUAAAACAGCAAAGCUUUGGAGUGAUGAUUUAUCAUUGUUGGGUGUGCUGAAAGGGCAUAGGAGAGGUAUAUGGUGCGUCAGAUUUUCGCCAGUCGAUCAAGUAGUGCUGACGUCAUCAGCAGACGCUACAUUGAAAUUAUGGUCCAUAGCAGAUCUUAGCUGUCUCAAGACGUUCGAGGGUCACGAAAGUUCAGUCCUGAAAGUAGAUUUCCUCAGCAAAGGACAACAAAUAAUAUCGAGUGGAGCAGACGGUCUUUUAAAACUUUGGACUAUAAAGACAUCGGAAUGCAAAAUGUCUUUAGAUAAUCACGACGGUAAAGUGUGGUCCAUGGCAGUUAGCAAAAAUGAAUCGAUCAUAAUAACAGGUGGCUCGGAUUCUAAGUUAGUGACUUUGAAAGAUGUGUCCGUUGAAAGGAGGGAAAAGUUGGCCAAAGAACGAGAAGAACUCAUUCUACAAGAACAGGAACUCAUGAAUUUAUUGCACGACAAGAAAUUAAUUAAAGCCCUCAAACUAGCGCUGCGAAUGGAAAGGCCUUUGAAUGUUCUAAAAAUUAUCAAUGAAAUUUUAAAAUCCGGUCAUGACAAACUUGCCGAGACUCUUAAAGAGAUUAAUAACACACAAAAAGAAACUCUACUCAGAUUCGCUGCCGAAUGGAACACUAAUAAUAAGAAUGCUCACGCGGCGCAAUACGUAUUUUACAUAUUAACACCAGAAAUAAUUUCAGGUAGCCUCAAGGUAUCGUCGUUAGGAAGUUUCAUUGAAGGCGCGCUGCCGUACACCGAGCGCCACUUUGAAAGAUUAACAAACUUAUUACAAGACCUUAAUUUUAUUACGUACACUGUAAAUUGUAUGCAACCACACUCUGUUAAAAAUCAAUAA